GCCUCUGAGCGCACAAGGGACAGCAGCUGCUCUUCAGGCUGAACACACAUUUACAGAGUCACCAAGCAUCCGCCAGGAACUAGACCGGCCGCCGACAUUACAAGUUUAGUAUCCUGCAGCCGGUCCAAGCUGCAGCAAGACGCGCAGGCUGUGCGUAAUAGCCCUCAUGACGCGUGGGUAAACUCGGCUGGAUGUAGAUCGAGAUUGAAGCUACCGUUGUAAGAGCAGCUGUGUGUGGGACGUGGGGGAGGGGGGGGAUGAGAGAUGUCCCCGUCGCUCAUGGACACAAGGGACGGACCCAACAGCCCCUGCUACCUGUCCGCUGAGGAGAGCAACAGCAACACGGCUGGAUCGGACAGAGAAGGAGACGGACAACAGGUGGGAAAAACGGGGGGAAAAAGACGAGAGAAGAACAGAAACGCGGCCAGGAAGACCCGCCGAAAGCAAACAGAGAGAGCCGACGAACUUCACGAGGAGCUUCAGCGUCUCGAGCAAUCAAACUCCUCCCUUCAAAAUGAGAUUGCCGGAUUGCAAAAAACCCUCCAACGCUACACAAAAGCUCUGGCACGUCAUGAGCCUUACUGCUGCCUCCGAGCCUCUGCGUCCACCUCGAGAAAACACGUCUCCGCGUCCCACUCAGGUGGCUGUCAGAGCACCUCAGGCCCUCCUCCGAGGUUCGCUCCCCAGGCUCCGAGCUCCACUCUGGCUACUCCCCCUUUGGUCUCCUCCAGCCUGGGUCUUCAAGCCCAUCUCUCAUCCUCAGCUUCUCCUCAAACAUUCUCCUUGUCUUCUGGCUUGUCUGCCAAACUCGCCAUCCCCUCUUACUCUGGCCCUGCAACUCUUCCUUAUUCCGUCCAAGAUCGUCACUCUUUGUUCAGAAAAGAGCCUCCAAACACCACAAGUCCGACAGGGGUUACGCCUCUUUGCACCAGCCUCCUUUCAACCUCUAUAACCCCCAGCCCCCUCACCGCAGCAGCUCAGCCUCAAUCUGGGCGAGAAAACAUCCACGGAACCUCCUCAGUGCCUGCAAACGCGUGUUUUCCUCCUCUUAAUUCUGGCACAUUGGAUGCUUUUUUAAUAAAGCCAACCUCUGUGGUGCCCCCUUACCAAAUUUUGGCAGUAGAAACUGGGGGUCCAUUAUUCCAAGCUUGUCCCAUGAAUGUGCCCCAGCUUCCUCUGGGUCGACACAGUGGAAAUCCAAACGGCUCAGGUCCGCUGCUACCACCAACUCUUCAGAAUCCUGCUUUUCAUUCACCUCAGGCAAACUUGAAGCUAGCUCUUGCCCCUGCCUCCUUUGGUUACAGACAACAAACACCCAAUCAAGAGUCUCUGCUCGCCCUCCUCACAAUCCCGAGUCCUCUGAACAGCAGCAGCUCCGACGCACUUGUCGGUCAGCCUUCGCCCUCGGAGCCGCUGCUGGGCAAUCCCUCAGGUGACCUUUCUCUCUCUGAGCUGCUGGAGAUAGAUGAUUGGAUCCUAAGUGGAACUAGUGAUCAAUAACGCUACAUGUCACAAGGCGAUGGAGGACCAGCGUCCCUAUUUCAAAUUUUCAAAUUGACAUGUUUUCAGCUAUUUAAUUGAAAUCUGAUGAUUUAGGUUUCAGCUGUCUUCCAAUAGAACUGACUGUUUAAAGCAACUACUGUAUAAUGCCAGGUUUUAUAGACAGAUUUUCACAUCUGACAUCCAGUUGGUGGUUAUUAAUGGUAACUGGCAUCAGAAAAUGAAUCUAUAUCUGAGCUGUUGCCCUUAAUCAUCUCUUUCCUCUGCUUAAAGGGAGACUCACAUAUUUACACAACUGACAACCCAUGUCGGGCAUUUCCCUUAAUGCAACCUGUAGAAUGUUUAAUUAGACUUUCAUUGUCUGAGAAUAUAAGCCGUGUUUAUUUAACCCCAUGCCCCCAUUUAAAACACAAGCUUUCGGAUAUCACCGAAGCUCAAACUUAGAUUAACCCUGAUGAAAACACUAUCACUGUCGUUUUCUCAGAUUGAUCAGAGCCAUAGACGACAACAUGUAACGGUUUCCAUAAGCUGUGUAAUGCUCAAAUUUAAUAAUCAAUAAAAAACGAUAAAAGUUGUCUCCAAUAGAACGCAGUCAAUUGCGUAAAGGAGACUCUUAUAUUUGUUCAACAAGUUUCCUGCGGCUGCUAAAUUCUCCAUCUUGUUGAGUGAACGAGAAGCUUGUGAGUCCGUGGAUUUCAGGCUCAAAUCCAGCAGUGGAAACUCAUUCUUAGUUUUGAAUUUUGUAUAAAUCAAAAGUGGGCGUCAUGCCUUUCAGACAAAUACUGACUCAACACUCUGAACUUUGACUUGUUAUUUUAAAAAGAGGUGGAGUAAACACUUCCUCACCACUUCAUGGAAAGAAGAAAAAUGUGCCUGCAGCUGCAAUAUUUAAAAUAUAUAUGAGGGUGCCAAAGUUAACCACACAGCCUGCGAACUGGCUGCAUGUGAUAUUUAUCCUGAUUUACCGAUAGGAAAGUAUAUUAUUUUACUCUUUUCUUAGUUUUACCUCGUUCAAAAUACAUUCUAACAUAUUCCGCUGCUACUAGUUAUUUAUUUAUGGUAUAUUCAAUAUUUCUAUCCAAGAAAAAAUUUGGUGUGUCAGUUUGAUUCUUAAUAAAUUCUUUUGGUUUCUGUAUUUUACAUAGACUGUAUAUAAAGGUGGACAACACGUCACCACUUCCUCUUACUAUCAAGAGAUGAAGCCAAAUUAUUCUGGAUACAAAUGCGACCAUCUUUCCCAUUUGGAGACAGAAUAUUUUUCUCGAGAACAUAAAUCGGUGUAAUAAUAUCUACAUAAAAUGUUUUUUAACGUGGGCUUUUUUAACGAUUGUAUUGAUCUGAUUUUGGUUUUCCAUAUGAUGGUUUAUGGGAUAAAUCUGCUUCGUACACAAUAUAUCUAUAGUUCUAUUGGAAAUUGUAUUCCAUGUAGCAGCUUCAGUAGCUUUAUAGGAAGAUGUUGAGUCUGUAUGUCUGUUAUGACCUUUUUUGUAUUUCUUUUGUAUUUAUGUAUUAAUUAUUAUAUUGAUUGCAUUAAAAUGUUAAUUGGGGUUCAAUUUACAAUUCUGUUUAAUCUAUAAUAUAUAAGGCUAUUCCAAUAUUGUUUACAUACAGUUUGAUGAUCACUGUGUUUAUAUUGAAAGAUGAAAUAACACAUUACCCUAAAAGUUUAAUUCAGUAAAAUUUGAGUUAAAUACAUUCAAUAGUUUUGCUGCUUUAGAUGGGUUGUUAUUGGUUGUGUUUUUUGCUACAAACUCCGCACAUGUGACUAAUUGAUAAAGCACAAAAGGUAAACAUAAGCAAAACUGACCUCCUCACAAAUGACAUGACCUAUCAGAGAAAGGAUUUGAGAAAUCUUAAAUCAAAGUCCCCCCCCCUUCUUCAGUCUCCGAUGGCCUCUUCCACUUCCUGUGGGCUGUCUCUUGCCAGGUGUCAGUCCUUUAUUAUCAGGGGAUCCCAGUAAGACAAACAAAAAGGUAAGCGUUAUACAAAAGACCACGUGACCAAACGUUAACUCAAUUCUGUGCACCCAGAAUUAGAAACAAACCCCUAAACCGUAUAAAGAGUGUUACAUGUGUUUUGUCAUCAUUUGAAAAUGUUUGGGUGUAAAAUGUGAUCAUAUCUGCUCAUAUGCAUCUUAGCAAGUCACCUUAGAUGGUGAACAUAGUAAUCAUUAUAAACUGUAUGUAAAAUCAGCACCACGCAGCUCAAAUCUCUGCUGCCACCUAAUAUUUCUAAUAUGCUUCUGAUGUUUGAUUAUGACGUGUAGCUUACUGUAUAUUGAAGUGUGACGACGAUAUGUAUUUUAUAUUUAUAAUUAUUCCCUUUGGAGCUGCUUUCGGUUCUCUGUAAUCCUGUAAAGUGACUGUGAGCAUUAAAUGCCAUACAAAUCAAA